AUGACGGGAACAGUUGAGGAAGUGUCUCUUAAGAAAUUCGAGAGACUAAAUAAGUUUUUCGAUUGGUGCAUUCGACUGUUAAACUUUGGAUAUCGCAAGAGGGAUGCUCGCUUCUACAAUUACUUCUUUCCGCUUAUUUUCUUCAUUAGCACGUGCUUCAAUGUGAAGCACGUUAUUUUGACCUACAAUAGCACAAAUCGCGUUCAAGCCACUUAUACGAUAAUCUUCAUUGCUGUGCACAUACAAUCUCUAGGGAAAGCUUUUAUGAUGGUCAUCAAUUAUCAUGAUUUCAAGGAGCUUUUUCUCGAACUGAAAAAAUUCUACACGACCAAAGAACAUCCCAUGAUCACGGACACUCGAAAUCGCCACAAUUCAACUCAUAUUCAAGGCAUCACCUAUGGAGUUGUGUUGUACUGGGUGAGCUUUUGGUUUGCUGAAAUUUUCCUCCAAGCCUUCAUUCGUCGUUUGGGUGGAAUAGAGUUUCCAAUGCAGUACACAAUUCCCUUCAUCAGUGAGGACAAUCCAGCCUUCUACGUAAUUAAUUCGUCUGUUCAGAACUUUAUAUUCUACGCUGCUCUCACGGUAAUGAGUCUCAGUGAUGUGAUGGUAAUCAUGAUUGCCUUCCAAUUUCGCAGUGAAUUGGUGAGCCUGGCGGAAGUUAUUGCCACAUUAGAUGACAUUGAGGUGUACAAACAGCGGGAUGGAAUCCUCUAUGAUGUUUAUAGGAUGCAUUGGAAUAUUCUGCAUCUGUUCAAUGUUCUCUCCAACAUGUACUUCUACAUGUCCUUCUCACAAGUCACCUCAAGUUUCCACGGAAUUUGCUUUCUAUUCUAUGCUGUAUUUGUCCAUGGAUUUGAUAUUUCCAGCUUAAUCAUUAUUCUUGUGGUCUUUUGCCAAAUUUUCAUCCUCUGCCUCUUCGGUGAGAUUCUUUUUGCCAAGACAUCAGCCCUACCAAAUGCACUUUAUCUCACCAAGUGGUAUGAAUUCAAACCGCGUGACAAGAGAGAUUUUCUCUUCAUCCUCCAGCACACCCAGAAACCGUGUGGCAUAAAAGCUGCGGGAAUUGUCGAUGUCUCAAUCUAUACAUUUGUUGAGGUUCUCAAACUAUCUGGAUCUUAUUGUGCCAUUUUCUAUGCACUUACCAACAAGAAGUAA